CAUAGACACCUGAGGAAGCGCCGGCUCAUGCGCAAGCGCAGAGGAGACCCUGGAAGGAAGUCGGAUAGAAUGCGCACGCGCCGUUCGCGGUCUCGCUUGUGGAGUCGACUGUCUGUAUGCGGAACGGAGAGUAGCUGAUCAGGUUGGGGUUGGUGGUCGGGCAGGGGACUAGAGAGUAUCUCUAGGAGGUAUUAAGGCAAGGUGGGAGUAAAUCCGAAUAAGGACGUCUAGGAUUAUCGUCUGAGAGAUCGACGGAGAGGGAAGAAGCUGACAGGUGAAGCACUAUUAAGCAUGGGAGACACAGAAGAGGACUACAUGUCUGAUUCCUUUAUUAAUGUUCACCAGGACAUCAGGCCAGGAGUACACAUGCUGAGGCAUGUAAAGGAAGCUUUAAAAAAAGAAGAAAAACAAAAAGAAGCGAACCAAAGAAGCAGGCAGAAGAGUAUAAAAGAACAGGAACAAGAGCAACGCGAUCAUGCUUUAAGCAUUGCUUUGGGAAAUGAGAACAAAGGCUUUGCUAUGCUUCAAAAGAUGGGGUACAAAAGUGGGCAGCCUCUAGGCAAGAGUGGAGAAGGGAUUACUGAGCCUAUUCCUUUGAACAUGAACAAAGGUAGAAGUGGGCUUGGACAUGAAGAAUUAAGAAAACGAAAAGCUGAAGAGAAUCUGGAAAACUACAGAAGAAAACUUCACUUGCGAAAGCAAGCAGAGAAGCAGACCACUGACCUUUUCAAAUUGAGAAUGAAAACCAAACAGGAGGAACUGCAAGUAAAACGGGACCUGGAGAAAAGCCAGAAAGCCUGCCACCAGUUAGAUAUGCAGAAAGGCCUUGAACUACCCAGAGAGAUUUGGUUCUGGUUAAGACCAGGCAGGCAAGAAGAUGUGGAAGAGCAAGAAGAAGAAGAAGAAGAAGAGGAAGAUGACUUAAGCGCAUCAGAGAAAUUACAAAUUUUGACAGCAUAUUUAAGGGAACGUUAUUUCUACUGCACCUGGUGUGGAACAGCCUAUGAAGAUCAAGAAGAUUUGUCUUCAAACUGCCCAGGAGACACUUUUGCAGAUCAUGAAUAAUUUUCAAAUGACAAAUCAAGUGUCUGAAAAGCCACAAGAGCUAUAUGGAAUUAAAUACAAAGACUGUGUACUUUUGAACAGGACAAACGUUUUGUGGGAUGUUAUAUAUUUAAAAUAUAAUUUUUGUUUAUCUGUGAAGGUUAUGCAUUCUUUCCCCUUUUGUAUUUUUCAUAAUACAAUAAAGUAUCCUUCCUUGCAGGAAGGCUAACCCA